AUGUCCAUGGACGAGGCUUUCGAUAUCUUGAAAUCAGUUCCACUGAUCGACGGGCACAAUGAUUGGCCACACCUCAUUCGUGGUUUUUAUGACAAUCAACUUGACAAUCGCUUCAAGCCAGAGAAGGAUUUAGUAGGACAUGUGGAUCUCAAGCGACUCCGAGAGGGGAAGUCUGGCGGUGCUUUCUGGAGUGUCUAUGUAGAUUGCCCAGAAUCGGACGACUUCUCCGACGAUGCAGCUCAUUUCGAGACGUUGAGAGAUACACUACAGCAAAUUGACUUAGUACAUCGACUAGUGGACUCGUACUCCGACUACAUGGGGCUCGUUGAGCAUGCCUCGGAUAUCAUGCGCCUGUUCAAAGAAGGGAAGUUUGCCAGCCUCAUUGGAGUCGAAGGGCUGCAUCAGAUCGCAAACAGCUCUAGCAUCCUUCGCUUAUACCACAAACUUGGAGUUCGAUAUGUCACAUUGGCACAUAAUAAGAACAAUCUGUACGCGGAUAGCGCGACUUCAACUUCCCCAGCACACGACGGUCUAUCUGCAGAGGGAACAUUGAUGGUCAGGGAAAUGAACAGAGUGGGAAUGAUUAUUGAUCUUUCGCAUACAAGCGAAGCCGUGAUGCAUCAAGUUUUGGAUAUUUCUGAAGCCCCUGUGAUCUUCUCCCAUUCUUCAACAGCAUCAAUUGUCCCACACCCUCGCAACGUUCCUGAUGCCGUCCUCAAGAAACUUCGGGUCAACAAAGGCGUGAUUAUGAUCACGUUUAUUCCUUCCCUUACCCAUUUCGAUGCCACACGAGCAAACACAGACCAUGUUAUCGAUCACAUUAUGCACGUUGGGGAGCUUAUUGGGUACGACAGCAUUGGGCUUGGUUCCGACUACGAUGGCAUGUUUAGUGCUGUGAAAGGAGUCGACGAUGUCGCUCAAUAUCCUCAUUUGGUGGCUAGAAUGCUUGAACGCGGCAUUGCCAGACCGGAUGUGGAAAAGAUCGUUGGGCUUAAUCUACUCCGCGUCUUGAAGAGACGUGGAGCUGCAAUCUAUCCGACUCAAGACUCAAGAGCCAUUCAUACAGGAUGA